UCUAGAUGUAAUGCAGCUAACCGGUUAGCUGUCUGAGCUACAUUUGCCCCUUUAUACGGGGUAUUAAAAACAAAACACCCUGACAUACCGUUAACACCGGUUUUUCUGGAAGACGCUAUGCCGGUUCACUCCCGGGAGAAGAAAGAAAACAACCACGAAGAAAUGGAGGUGGAUUUUCCCGAGCAGGACGGCAGCAGCACAGACGAGGAGGACACCGUUAGCUCGUCCGUGUCUGAAGAUGGAGACAGCUCGGAAAUGGAUGAUGAAGACUGUGAGAGGAGGAGGAUGGAGUGUCUGGAUGAGAUGACCACCCUGGAGAAGCAGUUCACUGACUUGAAGGAGCAGUUGUACAAGGAGCGCCUGAGCCAGGUGGACAUCAAGCUGCAGGAGGUCAUGGCUGGCUGUGCCCAGGAGUACCUGGAACCUUUAGCCAACCUGCAGGAGAACAUGCAGAUCCGGACCAAAGUAGCCGGAAUCUACAGAGAGCUGUGUUUGGAGUCGGUAAAGAACAAGUAUGAGUGUGAAAUCCAGGCUGCCUGCCAACACUGGGAGAGUGAAAAGUUGCUGCUGUUCGACACUGUGCAGAGCGAACUGGAGGAGAAAAUAAGAAGAUUGGAGGAAGACAGGCACAGUAUCGACAUCACCUCAGAGUUGUGGAAUGAUGGAUUGCACUUACGAAAAAACAAAAAGAAAGACCCUUUCUGCCCCGUCAAGAAGAAGAAGCCUGUUGUUGUUUCUGGGCCGUAUAUAGUUUACAUGCUGCAAGAUCUGGAUAUCCUUGAAGACUGGACAGCAAUAAGAAAGGCGAUGGCAUCGCUUGGGCCACACAGGGUGAAGGUGGAUGCUCCUGCAGUCAAAUCUGACAGGCAUCACCAUGUGGCUCGCUCUGAGGACGGUCGCCUUUUCUAUGACAACCAGUGGUACUGCAGAGGACAGGCCAUCUGCAUCAACAGGAAGGAUGAGUACCCAACCAGUGCCAUCAUCACCACCGUGAACAACGAUGAGGUGUGGUUCAAACGACUGGACGGCACCAAGUCAAAGCUGUACAUCUCCCAGCUGCAGAAAGGCAAAUACACAAUCAAGCACUCUUAGAAACACACACUCACAUGCACACACAGAAAAACAACCCUCAUCUCUGCUGUGUUUGAAUUAGUCUACUGUCGUCGUGAAAUCUUUCCACCUUCUUGCCAUAUGUACAGUCAUGCACAGAGAGAGAGGAAGUGAGAUGUGUUAAAAAACCCUUGCAGUCUAAGGGAAUAAUCUUCUGUAAAUAUGUAUGUAUGUUGAUAAUCUCAACAAGGUCACAAAGUGUCAUUUUCUCUGAAACGGAGAUCAAUGCAAAGUGCUGCUAAAAAAUCGAAGAGGUGAAGAACUGAAGCAGUAGUGAACUGUGAACUGUGGAGCUGAGUUGCGUGCCUUUUUGAGACAAGAUGAUCUCAAAAAAAACAAAAAAAAUAAUGGUGAACUAUUAAUAUCAAUGCAGUGAAGCCUUACUCUGUACCGUGUUAGCUCCAAGAGGACUGAAGCGGGUCAAUGAACGAGUGAGCGAGAGACCUUGAUCCAGGUGAGGAUGCUGUCAGCUGUGUGUUUGAUUUUCCUCUCCAGCCGCAUCAGUGAGAUUUGAAUUUCAUGCUCCAUAGAGCCUAUUUAAUCCGUAUUAGGAUCCCCAGGGACCCCAGUUAGAGAAAACGUUUGAUUUAGUUGAAACAAAUUGCACAAGUGUCAAUACAAAGAUGCUGAAUGAUUAAUCAAUGUUGAGAAAAUGGUUAUAUUGUGAGCUUAUUUAGAUGAAAGUAUUCCACAUGAAAACCCCAGGGUUUUCUGACCCACUUGGGGAGCCAUUUUACUAAAUGAUCACUUUAUGCUUUAGUGUAAUUUUAUAACACUAUGUGUGAAGAAGAACCAAGGCCAGCUCAGUGUUCAAAGCAGAAUAUACAGUUUCUCUUAAAGUUUACAUACCCCUGUUAAAAUAUGACGUGUAAAAAUUUGGUUAAGACUUAUCAUUUCAGAUUUUUUUUUCACCUUUAAUUUGACCUUCAACGUUUACAUUUCAGUUUCAAAAACAUACAAACUCUUCUGAAUUGCAGACUCCUACCCAAAAAGAUAUGAAGCCUUUUGGGUAGGAGCUUACUUAUCAGCAUUACCUAUCAAAAUUUGCCCACUCUUCCUUUCAAAAUCAUUAAAAAUCUGUCCCAUUACCAGGGCAUUUCCUGUGCACAGCCCUUUUCUGGCCGCCAUCCCAGGUUUUAAACAGGAUUCAGAUCUCAGCACAUCCCAAAGCUUUUAUCUUCUCCUGGUGAAGCCGCUCUAUUGUAGAUUUGGAUGUAUGCUUUUGGCUGUUGUCAUGCUAAAAGGUAAAAUUCCUCUCCAUUUUCAGCUUUUUAGCAGAUACCCAAAGGUUUUGUACCAGAAUUGGCUGAUAAUUGAAACUGUUCAUAGUUCACCUCCACCUUAACAGAACCCCCUUUUCCAACUGAAGAAAAAAAGCCCCAAAGCAUGCUGCUCCACCAAGCUACACCAUUGCUAUGGUUUCUCUUUGGUGAUUUUCAGUGUUGAUUUUGUGUAAACAUACCUUUUAAAUGAUUCUCAAAAAGUUCAACUUUGGUUUCAGCAGAACACGACACACUUUUGCACAUGCUUUAGAGGGACACGAUGUAUGUUUGUGCAAAAAAUAAGCCAUUCUUGAAUGACUGUGUGAAGACUAUGGGAAAAAGAUCUUAAAAAUCCCAGAAGAUUCCAUUAAAUUCUUGAAAAUCUCAAAAGCUACCGCCCCAAAAAAACAAUUUUCACCAAUCCCCCCAUCCUAACAAAUUUCCCAAAUUCCCAUUAAAUUGAGAAUAAAUUUCAAAGCAAAAUUUUUCCCAACCUUUCAGUGAGACUCUCAGAAUACAGAAGACAUAAACCCAAAAUUUCCUUGCCAUACUUGAGAAGUCCCAGCAAAUAUCCAAACAAAUUCUCAGAAAUUUUACUUGAAAUACCUGAAAAAAUGUCAAGAAAAUUUCCCCAAAUGUUCCAAUCAGAAUCCCCAAAUCUUUAUGAAAAUACCUACAUAUUCGACAGCAAAUUCCCUCAA